GAAGGCGUGCAUGUGUGUAAGAGAGGGAAGGCGAUGAACGCCAGCCAAGUCAUUCUUCUUAAAAAUGGCGUCAUGUGAACAAAACGCGAAAAGAGCGAGUAAGCAGCAGCUAUCGGAGCAGUGUGGAUAUAAUUUCUCUUACUAAAGCUGCGACGCGGAGCAUCUGUUCUGCGGCCCAUCGGCUUAACACGAGAGACAAUAGACAGUUAAAUAUACGGGGAGAGGAGGGAGGGAGGGGGUGCUCCUGUCUGCCGCGGCUCCCCACACCGCCCCCGGUCCCCACUCCUCUCAGUCUACAGGCUUGUCAAGCAGAGAAAUAAACAGAAUCGGGCGCUGGGAAGUGAAGGUAUUCCUCCCUCCCUCCCCCUCACUAUCUGUGCAUCUUCAUCCAGCGCUUUCUUUCAUGGAGAGGAAUUAUCCCGCUUCGGGCUUCGGAGAUCUGGGGACUGGGACGGGAUGGAGUUACGAGAGAUCGGCCAAAGCAAGCCUCGUGUAUGGGAGCCGCUCAUACCACCCAGAGUCAGAACUACUCCACCAUCAAACCUAUGGCACUCCACACCCACUUCAAGACUAUGCAGCAAGUCAUCACCCAGGGAGCUCAAGACAGGGUGGAGCUUGGGGUGGACGAACACUAGGUCUGUCAGGGCUGUUUGACUCCAGUCUCCAUCAUGCCAGCCCCUCAGGUCCCGACCCCUCUGUCAUGAAUCUGAUUUCAGUUCUGGAUUCACGGCCUCCACAGCCCUCACCCUCUGCUUCCUCCCUUCUCUCUCAGUUCCACACAUCCUCUUGGCAGACUGCCAUGCAUACACCGGCCCCAACGGACCUCUUUAUUUCAGGGGCACUUCCAGGUUCAAGCUCCUUUCCCUCCUCCUCAGCCCUUUCUGCAUACCAGAAUCCUAGCCUUUUUUCUGGACGAUCAUUCACUCCCUCAUUAUCCCUGCAGGAUACAACUACAUUUAGCCGAACUUCUAACGGCUUGAUAUCCCCACAUGAUUCCUUGGUACAUAUCAAAAGAUCCUCUCAGUCCAGCUUGGGCUUUGAUCACUUGCUGUCUUCCCAGAGCACUGCCUUCCGGGGCUCCCAAGAAUCUGCAACUCCCCAGACCCAAGACCCUUCCACUUCCUCCAAUUGCCACCUGUCCCCUCCCCACUUAAAUCUGUUGCCCUCUCAGCUUCAUAACUCAUCCUCUCAACUAUAUAAUGCCUCGAUGUCCUCAUCGAUGGCAGCCCUGCCACCUGCAGUUCUUCCUGAGCCUCAGCCACUUCCACAGACAGCAAUUUCCCGCCAUGAUAGUGUGAUCAAGCAUUACCCUCGCUCAUCUUCAGCCCACACCACAACCCUACAAUCACAAUCCUAUGCCAGCUCUGGUGGUUCAUCUGGCUACCACCAGCUAGUCAGCCAUUAUCAGCAUGCUGGUGUGUCCUGCAGUCCACUGGGGAAACGGAGCCUAUCCUCUGACCCCAAGACCUCACCACAGAUGGAAUCCCAGAUAUAUCAACCUGUCAUCCAAACAGCCUAUACCUCAUCAUUAUCCAGCUCCUCAACUCCCUCCUCCUCUUCAGUUACUACUAAAGGUGCCAAAAGUUCCUGCUCCACAAGUAACUAUUCGUCUUCUUCCUGUACCCCACAAACUCCACCAUCAACCUCCUCCACCUCCUCUUUAUCCUCUUCUAGCUCAAAGACCAGUACUAUUUCUCUGUCUGCUCCCUCUCUUCAGCAACCCACACCUCAGUCAGCACUAGUACCACCUCUUCUCCCAGUGGUGUCAUCAUCCCUUGUACAACAAGCAGGAGCCAGUCAAUGUCUGUCCACCUAUGGCUCUCAAUCUGUGACCAAACCUAGCACAAGCUUGCCAAACCAGACCCCUCCCCAGAAACACAUUCAGUUGUAUUCCCCCAACCUGCCACCAUCUACACACAUGAAUGUGCAUUAUGAUGGCUUCAACUCACCCCAUGUCCGGGACUUGAGCACUGGAGCAAGGAGCAGUGGGGGGAAAGACUUCAUGGGUGUAGGCUCUGGUGAACGCUCCUUCUCUGCAGAGAUAAUCGUUCAAGACUCAAGUUUUGUCUCAACAUCUCUCAGAAAACCACACACUCCAUCCACUGAAUAUGGGAGUGGGUCAGCUGGGAGUGGACCUGGUAUUCACAGUGUAGUAGGCUCUCCGGUAACUGGGAACGGGGCUGCUGGUAAUGAAGGCAGUAGCGCAUAUCACCUGACUGAGUCUAGUACAUCACCCUCAACCAAUUCUACUAUCAGUUAUUCAGGAUUGCACUCUCCUGUAGCUGCUCGACCUGUGCAGUCCCCUGGAGGCUCAGGGGCAAAUAAAUACUUGUCUUCUGUCCCAGCUCCUACUUUUAUGUCCUCACCACAAGGUUUCCCUGAUAACCGACAAGCUCGGAACCAGUUGUACCAGUCAACACCCCCGAACACCAAAACAGAGGCCACAAACAUGCUGGGAGCUGAGGAAUCCCAAGACGGAGGAAACAGUGAAGAUUUGCUUAUCCACCACUUACUACAUCCACAAAGCUCAAAUUCCCAUUCUUCCCAACAUCACCCAUAUUCUGAGCAACUGUCUCAACCAAUCCUUCAUGGGGAGAGCAAGGGAAUGGCAUAUGAUCUUAACAAGACAUCAGAAGAGCUCUACCAGCUUCAGAGUGUCAUUCGUACCAAUAACAUUACCAGCAAUUCUAGUCUUGGAAUGGCAAUUAAUGAUACAGUGAGCUUAGACAGACCAUCAGAAAUAUCACAGAAGAAACAGCAGGCCAGGUCAGACUCGAUCACGUCAAAGUCAAAUACUUCAGGGGUGCGAAGAAUAUCUGAUUCUCCUUCUCAUGCCAUCCACUCGCAUCAUCAGCAAAAUGAGUUAAUGGGUUCUGCGGUCCAUUAUGGAAGAGAUGAUCCCUACAUACAGCACCCAAACUCCCAGCAUCCUCAUAGCACUUCACAUGUGUCCACACACUCUCAGGACUACACUCAGCACUCUCAAAUCUCCCAGCACUCUCUGCACACUCAGCAUACACAUCACUCUCAACAUUCUCAGCAUAGUCAUCGUAAUUCCCUCCCACAAAGUCAUUCUCAUAUAGAGAUUAAGAAGCCUUCAGAUGCAAAUGACAAUGCCUACUAUGCACCAGAUGUACAGCAAACUCGACAAAGCCAUGUCUCUGUCUCUCUGAUGAAUAUGUCACCAGACCAUCCCAAGCAAACUCACAUGUUACAGUCUGUCCCUUCUCACACUAUCCAAAACAAGCUGGAUUCCCAACAAGCCCCACAGCAGCAACAGAAGUACCACCACCAGCAGCAGCAACACCAGCAAGCUAUGAUGGGUUCAGUUAGAAGAGCAGGGUCUGCUGGGUUGGAAUCCCAUGUACAGAACCGGUCCUCACAGAGUCUAGAUACCCACUACAGUGGAACCCAUCCAACAUAUCAAACACGAGCCAGUCAGAGUUCAGUAUCUCCACUACAGAUGCUAGAUCAAUCACUUUCUCAGGCCAAUGGUACAGACAGUGGAAAAUCUCUGGACAGAAGUGGAGCUGAUAUGACUGUGACAGGACAGGACAUAGAUAGAGGAGACAGACAUACGCAACAGCACAGACUUAACACCCACCAGCAUCCUCAACAAACAAAAUCGGAUCUUCAUGACUUCCUUUCUGAACAAGAUUUGGACUUAUUCACCCCUUCACACUUGAGCCAUCUCAACCAACCUCAGACCCACCCCCACCCCCAUGCUCUGCAACACACUCAGCACACUCAUCAUCAACUGUCUGUUACCACUCAGAUAGCUCAUUCACACUUGCAACAGAUGACAAUACAUUUAGCAACACCCCAACAACAGCAAUCCCAGGUCACAGAUCCUGAAACACAACUCUCACACUCACAGUUAGAGCAGCUCAAACAGCAUCAAUUUGAGACAGUAAGCCAGACAGAUAAAGUAGGACAGACUCAAGCUCAACUGCAGCAAUGUGCACCUUUGACCUCAAUCUGCUUUCCAGACUGUGUUUUUCCUGAGAUGGAGGAUCUGUUUUGUUCAUCUGAAUACAAAUCAAGCUGUGCGGGGGCAGGACACAGUGCUCAAGAAAACCUCAGCCAGGGUCAUGGACCGAUACAAGAGGAUAUGGAGGCUUUAAAAUCAGGAGGUGCUGCAGAGGGCUAUAAUAUGGUUGGUCAUCAAAGCAAUCAAGGAUUUGGACAGUACUGCCAAAGACUUUCAAGAACAGGAAAUAGUGAUCUGCACUUAGACCCUGACUGUCUGAAGACUCAUGAGCUUCCUUCCACUGUGAAUACUGACCAGCUUGGCCUCAUCCAAUCCCAAACUCCCAUUAUGGGAUUGAAUCCAGCAGUUCAAGAGGAUAGCUUAGUCAACAAGAUGAUAGCAACUGUGGGAGCGGAUAAAAACUCCAACAGCACUGGUGUAACCUCUCCUAUCUUCUGUUCCUCUCGACCCAAAAAACUGCUGAGGACCAGCUCAUUUCACUUGCUUAAACAGCGACGUGAGCCACAGCCUCAAACAAAGAAAAACUAUGCGCAGGAGUAUGAAUUUGGGGAUGACGAAGAUAAAGCUGAUGUUCCAGCAGAUAUUCGCCUUAACAAUCGCCGGCUUCCUGACUUGCUGCCUGACUUGGUGUCCAGUUGUAGAAAACCUGGUGGGGUUUCUGGAAUAAGUGGACUAAGCCCACAAAUAGGUGACAUGGACUUUUGCCACCCUUCCAGCUACUCUUCUCUUGGACACCCUUCGCAACCCCCCCCUCACGAUGGUCCUAAGAAAAGGGGCAGGAAACCAACUAAACCAAAACGUGAAGGACCUCCUCGGCCACGAGGUCGUCCACGUAUACGUCCUCUUCCAGAACCUCCUUACUGUAGGAGCCUGAUGGGAUCUGUGGCUGGAGAAAAUAGGAGGGGGCGUGGCCGAGGUCGAGGGCGAGGCAGACGGGAAGAAGGAAAAGGGCAAAUGCAUCGGGAUAUGAACAAAACACAAACCCUUUCAUAUAAUCACCAGCAACAGUACCAACAGCAACAGUGCAGCCAACAACAGCACCUCCAACAUCAUCAACAGCAACAUCACAGGCAGCAGGCGGAUCUUCAUCAAGUACCCCACCAGCAGCUCCAACAACAUCACCACCAUCACCAGCAAGAACAUGUUUCCUGUCCCCACCCUCAACUGCAUCAUCAGCAACAACAAGAUCCAGUCAGAACUUUUAAGAUCAAACUGCCCCUUGCCACUAUGUCUCCACCAGAGUCCUUGUUGAGGACAGACUCGCUGUCCAGCAGUGAGCCUGUUCUCUCUGAGGGAUCGGUGGGGUCAGCACCAUCUCUGGGCUUGAGUCCUGGUCCCACUACCACUGUUGACUACAACAGAAAUGAGGUGAAUCAGACAAAAGACGAGAUGAUGAUACAUCAGCAGAGAGCUAAGGAGAUUGACGAGAAGGUCUUUGACUUCAAACCAAGCUUUAUGGCCUCUUUUCUGGAUUUUCUGAAGACAGGUAAAAAACAGCCAGCCCUUGAACCAAGACAUGAUGGAGGCAACCAAGAAACCUGUUCCUCUAUGAGGGGAGGAGUUACAUGCUUAUCCUCACCAUCUCCUCCCCUACCACCAACUUCUCCCCAGCAGCCUCCAGGACAGUUCAGCGAUGGCAGCCCGGGUGAAGGGCCAGACCUAACCCUCAGUAGCUGCCAAAGUCCCUGCAAACCUCUGGAUGAUGAACUGAAAAGAAACCUGGAGACUCUCCCCUCUUUCUCCUCUGAUGAGGAGGAUUCAGUAAAUAAGAACCAGGACUUGCAGAAGAGCAUCUCAUCUGCAAUCUCUGCCCUCUAUGACACUCCACACUCACUGGCUGCUGCAGUGGCUUCUGCAGUAGUCAAAGCACAACCCAUGCUUUCUCCACCCACGCCACAGGAGCCGUCGCUCAGCCCGCCUCUCAAGACCAAUCCUCCCCCGUCAGUCUCUGUACCUUCUCCACCACCAGUCCAACAGAAUGAGGAAGAAGUCAGUCUAAAUGAUCUUUCUUCUGAUCAGCAUAUGCCGCAAUCCUCCUACCAGCAGGCUUCAACUGCAGCCACCUCCUCACCCCCCUCCACCUCGCCACCAGUCAUCCCAUCGUCACCCCUGUUCAACCUUCCCUUCGGCCAAUCGACCCCGCCCCCGUCCACCACACCUCCCCCAUCAUCCUGUGAUCAGGAUCAGGAACCUGAAGCUGGGUUGCCUUACUUUUCCACUUUAUCCUCCUCACCCUCUUCAUUGUCCUCUCACCCACCAUCACCUCCAACGCCAGAGGAGGCCCCUCAAUCCCAGCGUCUUACCUCCCUUCACCUGGCAAAGAAGCAGGCUGAUGCUGCCAUCGCUGGGGAGAGUGAAGAAGAAAACAGUGAGAGUGGAGGUGAGGGAAUCUUCCGUGAGCGGGACGAGUUUGUGGUGCGAACUGAGGACAUUGGUACUCUUAAGAUGGCCUUGCAGACAGGCCGAGAGCCUCCACCUAUCUGGAGGGUGCAAAAAGCUUUGCUCCAGAAAUUCAGCCCAGAGAUCAAAGAUGGUCAAAGGCAGUUCUGUGCAACAAGCAAUUAUUUGGGUUACUUUGGUGAUGCCAAAGUGCACUACCAGCGUUUAUAUGUGAAGUUCUUGGAGAAUGUCAACAAAAAAGAUUACGUCAGAGUGUGUUCACGAAAGCCAUGGCACAGAGCUGGCCUGACUCUGAGACGCCAGCCUCUACCUAAACAGCUGCUGACCAUUCACAAUCAGAGCCAACCUCGAAUAGAUAGUCGACACAAGCAGAGACGGAAUGAAAGAGAGCUAUUGGAGCAGAGAGAAAGAGAAAGAAGAGAGAGAGAAACAAGGAAAGUAGAAACGGAACAUAAGGAAAGAGAAAGGAAAGAGGAGAGCAAAGAACAAGAAGAAGAGAGGCACAAGAAAGAAAAAGAUGAGAGGGGUCACAGAGAUGUGAAAAUGGAAAGGAAGAAGGAAAGUGAGAGUGAAAGAAGGGAGAAGGAGAAAAAAGAAAGGGAACUUAAAGAGAGGCAGCAAAGGAAAAAGGAAAAACAGGAUAGGGAGCAGAGGGAAAGGAUGAACCAAGAGAGAGAAUGGAAAGAAAAGGAAAUAUUCUACUACUUUAACACAUCAGAUGAAUUAUACCUCCCGCCCAUGAGGAAAAUUGAUGGUAUGCUCAGUGAACAGAAGAAGAAGUUGUUGAGGAGAGUCAACAUGAGUGCUCAGCACCAGGAGGCUUUGCAUAUAUUCCCCAAAAUGACAGCAGAUCCUGUGGAAUCUGGAGUUGUCAAAGUUCACCUUGGUGGGGAGGGCUACAACCGCAAGACUCUCAACCGAAUCAAGAGGAGCAUUCCUAAGCAGCAGGAUAUGAAACUUUCAAUUGACAUUUGCCGGAUAUACAGUCUGUAUCAUUCUCUUCACCACUACAAAUAUCACACCUUCCUGCAUUGCAAGAAGGAGACAGACAAUAUUGAGCAGGCAGCGGAGGACCCUGGCCAGGAGGAGGUGGUGCAGCAGUGCAUGGCGAACCAAGGCUGGCUUGAGAGCCUCUUCAGUUCUUUCAUGGAACUGCUUACUCUCAGUGCAAAGACCUAAAGGACGAUCACAACCUCUGCCUCCAAAAACAAACAUCCACCUGCAGUAUUAAGUAGGUGGAGGUGUUCAGAAUGUGUGAAACAAAGCAAUCAGAAACUGGAUCCCAGAAAUGCAACGAGAGUGGCCCCUAUUUUUUUUUAAAGGGAAG